AUGAUAUCCUUUCGCAGUCGUACCAAAGCAGCUUUGCUUAUUUCUCCUGUUCUGAGCCUCCUGCUCCUCUGCUAUAUCUUCUGGCCAGGUUCAUCAACGAUCCUAGGCAGAGUUAUCAUUCCCCAUGCACAUAAACCGCCGACCCAUUCAUCUAAGAACUCUUGCCCCGAGCUCCCCGGCAUCGCAGAUGUCCAGGUGGUGCUAAAAACGGGGGCCACAGAGGCCAUGCACAAGGUUCCCAUUCAUUUUAACACAACUCUGCGAUGCAUCCCUCACUUUGUUCUGUUUUCGGAUUUCGAGGAAGACAUUGGAGGGUUCCAUCUCCGCGACGUGCUCCGCAACGUCAAUGAGAGCAUAAAACAGACCGUUGCGGAUUUCAACCUCUACAACCGUCUGCGAGAAGGCGGACGCAGCGCCCUCACGACGGAUGACAUGAAUGACGACCCCAGUACACCGAAUGGGAAGCCUGAAAACCCCGGGUGGAUACUCGAUAAAUGGAAGUUUCUCCCGAUGAUUGACGAGACCCUCCGUAUCCGAGACGACGCGAAGUGGUAUAUCUUCAUGGAAGCAGAUACCUACUUGGUGUGGCCCAAUUUAAUGGCCUGGCUGGAACGGUUCGACUCCAGGAAGCCGUAUUAUAUGGGAAGCGCGGUGCAGAUUGGCGAUGACGUCUUUGCGCAUGGUGGGUCUGGAUUCGUGCUGUCAAAUAUAGCCAUGCGGAAGGUCUCUGAAUACCGCGCUGCUCGGAUUGCAGAGUGGGAUGCAUUUACAAAUGGUCACUGGGCGGGAGACGGUGUGCUGGGGAAGGCUUUGAAAGACGCAGGGGUCAAUCUUCUCCGGUCUUCGUCAAUGCUUCAAGGUGCCACUCCUUGGACCUUUGGUUAUCUCGCCCCAGGGAAAGACAAGGGCUCUUGGUGUACUCCUGCAGUGUCAUACCACCAUAUGGCUCCCAGUGAAAUUCAAAAAAUGUGGCUGUUCGAGCGGGGCUGGUCUUUACAGGGGAAAAAUUCAACCCUCCUGCACAGUGAUGUCUUUGAAGAGCUCAUUAAGCCACGCUUAAACAAGACUCAAGAUAACUGGGACAAUCUCUCCGCGGAUGAGACCAAACAUGUGGCUGUAUUCCUAUCAGGCGGGAAAGUGUCUGAUCUCGCAUUCAGCCAGAUACGGAGAGAUCAAGGCUGGGGUAACCUCGGGUUGGAUCCCUGA